UUUAUUUUGCAUGAGGCAUUGACGCCAUUUUUUUGUGCAUUUAUUCUUUUAGUUGCGGACAAAGUCGUGCUUCGGCCAAUGGAGGCCUCUUUUUUAUCUUUUUGUUUCGGCUGGAAAAGUAUCGUCCAGCUUUUCCCCUUUUUCCUUCCCCUUACCUUUCCUUCAUCCUUUCUCCAACGCGGUGAGAGUCGGACAACGUCGAGUGGUCCGCUGUGCAUUGCUUGACGGCCAACGGAGCUCUGGCUUAACCCCUCCUACAAUCCUUUAUCUCACUUUGUCUGGUUUCCUUUUUGAAAGUUUUCCAACUCGUAGGCGUAGUAAAGUCUGCGAUUGUAAUGCAUUUUCUUUAAUUUUACUGUUACUUACACAAUUUGACAGCCUUGUCCGUAAUCUUGCAAUAUUGUCAGGCAUUUUUUAACAUUGUGUGUGAUUUGCAUGUAAGUUUAGCGACUUUCCCGCAUGUUGUUAGAUUUUAGAACCUUUACCGCUAUUUUUCAACAUUUUCAGUAGCAUUUCUGCAUUUUCAGUCCUUUCAAGUAAUUGUCGUUGAUUGCAAUGCAUGUUUCAUUCACUUUACAGCAUUUGCAUUACCUUUAAUGAAUUGUGUUUAAUUUCACUGUUACUUGAAUGCUUUUACAGCCUCAUGGUAUGUUCAUUUAGUAUGCUUUUCUUUCUGUUUCAGAUCUCAGACACAGCAGCUACAGCAGCAACAGCAGCGACUAGGAAAGAGUGAAGAAUAUAAGUAUUAUCAUGCGCAAACAUGUAAUUCAUGAGUUGUAAUCGCCUCUGUCUGUUUACAGAAACAAUGUGCAUUCCUAGCAAGUUUCCGGCUUUGCCGAGUCCACCGUAUCGAGAUGGCGACAACGAGGGCGAGGAGCAAGUGCCACAGUUGGAGGAACUGGAGGACCUUGGUUUGGAGAAGGCGGGGGAGAGGGAGGAAUCAGGGGACAAUUCGUCCGAGGAGGCGGACUCAGUUGAAGAGGUGGUGCGGCGGUAUCACGAGGACGGCUUCACGCCUCCACUAAGUACGUCCGAUGAGGAGAAGUGGGCGGCGUGGGAGGCGCGCCGCGAGCGGUCACGGUCGCCCGUAUGGCGCCGUGAGCGCCAUGAAUCGUCAUCCCCGUCGGAGCUCUUCGCAGACGACUCGUUCGCCUCCUUAUGAGGAGCACGCGGGCGAGAGAAAGACACGCGCAAGGGACGGUUCCUUUUGUAUUUA